UUGGCAGGACAAGCGCUGCAGGGGUUCAGUUGUCUCAGUUCCAGUCCAGUGUUUCCUUGGAGCACUUUUAUAAAAUAAUUGAUGGGCAGGAGCAAUCAUAAAGUGAGUUGAUCAAAGGGAUAGAUGAUUCUGCAAAGUUAAAGAUGUUUCCUUGUGUUUUAAGAACACCAAAGAGAAACACCGCUACAGCUACCUGAUCACCAUGCACUCACUAUGCAUCCGUAUCCUUGUGCCUGGCUCAGGCAUGUGGACAACGGGAAAAGUAAGGAAAACAGUGGGGAUGCAGGAAAGUGAUACAUUAGUUCUUUUUGGUCCACGCUCCGUAAUUUUUGUGGUUGGGCUGCAGCAGAAACGCUCUGAUAAUGAGCUGCUCAGCAAAGGCAUUGCAGCAGGCUUUGUUGGCCUUGCCAGGGAAGCAACUCUUCCCUGAUUCAGCUGCACUGGGAGAAUAUUUUUCUUUGGCUGCUGAAGUCUUGUCAUUGCCUUUAGUGGUGUUUGAUUAUCAACAGCAGUUUUCAGCUAAGGAGAGCCAUUGUUAGACAGGUGGUAUCGGAUACACAAUGGAGUCUCUGUAGUAAUACAUACACACACAUGUAAUUAUUGUUUAAGGAGUAUCUGCCACCAUCCUGCCUUGCAUUGAUAGGAACCCUGACUGCCAAGUAAAAGAAGCAAGGUUCACACCUGCUCCUUUUUGUACAGAUACCAUCAUUUAGGAAUCAGCAAGCAAAUUAACCCUCUCUGGAAACGGACAUAUGGCUUGGGCUCUAGAAAUGGUGAAAGUCUGGAGCACAAGCCCUAUGAGGAACAGCUAAGGGAGCUGUGGUUGUUCAACAUGAAGAAGAGGCGGCUCAGGGGAGACCUUAUUGUUCUCUACAACUACCUGAAAGGAGCCUGUAGCCAGGUGGGGGUCAGCCUCUUCUCCCAGGCAACUAGUGACAGGAAGAAAGGACAUAAUGUUAAGCUGCACCAGGGGAGGUUCAGACUGGACAUUAGGAGGAAUUUCUUCACAGGCAGGGUGACUAGAUAUUGCAAUGGGCUGCCCAGGGAGGUGGUGGAGUCACUGUCCCUGGAGUCACUGUCCCUGGAAGUGUUUUAAGGAAAGACUGGACCUGGUGCUUAGUGUCAUGGUCUAGUUGACAGGGUGGUGUUCGGUCAUAGGAUGGACACGAUGAUCUCAGAGGUCUUUUCCAACAUAAUUGAUUCUGUAAUGGGUAUAACUUGAUACAAAGGCAAGGGGUUGGCCCGGCUUCGGAGGGCCAGAAGCCAGCCCUCCUCCCCCGACCGCCUCCUUGCUUGCCAGGGCUGCCACCGGCACCGCCGUGAGCGGGGAUGGCCUUGGCCUUGCUCCCGCCCCGGGGUUCAAGCGCUCCCACCACCGGCCGAGAAGGCGCGGGCAGGGCGGGCCUGCCGAGCCCCUGUGCAGCUGUGGGGCCGGGGCGGGGAUGGCCGGGACCGCCCCCUUUCCCCUGCGGCGCCUUAAUAGCGGCCCCGGGGACGCCCCCGCUGCCCGCUGCGAUGCUGCCCGCCCACCGCCGAGGCCGCCCGGGGCCCGCGGGCCGCGCUCUGCGGGGCGGCCUCGCCUUCUACGUGCUGUGGGCUCUGCGGGAGCCGCCGCGGCGCCUCGGCAGCCAGUCCAGAAAGACGGGUUUCCAGGCUUGGCUGCCCCUGCCUUUGCCAAAGCAGCUGGUGGUGUUCAGCCUGGGAGACUGGAGCUGUUACUCUCCAGACACGAGCAUCGCAGUGGAAGUGGUGGUGUCCCCAGGCGUUGCACCACAGCGCAUUGGCACGCUGGAGCCCACACGCAGGUCUCUGGUGUGGGAAGAUGACUGGAGAAUGGAUAUUUUCAUGGCCUCAUUGAAAGAGAUGGACAAAGGCAACCCUGUGAGGCUUGUCCUGACUGUCAAUGGACAGCUGCUCCAAGGUGUCUCCAGCAGUACACCUGCUCACCCCUUCCUUGUCCCAGAGACUACCCAGUCACCAGUGUUUCCAGCAGAUGAUAGACCUGUUGGCCAGGAUCUGGAGGAUCCUAUUGAGGUUAAGAGCCAGAGCUCAGAGGUGGCUGCUAGAGGAUCCAGGCCUGGGAGGAAGGAUGUCCAUGCACCACUGAGGGCCCUGGUAGUGCCCUAUGCCCUGAAGCCACCAUCUGGCAAGGUGAAAUCCAAUGAGACCUGGAGAAAUAAUCCUGUCCAAGGACCACCAAGAGUCCACUCCAAGAAGCCCAGGAAAGUUUUAUUUGAACCCACAGCAUCUGAGAGAGAUCUUGAUGAAGAAGGCAGUCCCAGCCCUCGGUGGUGCCAUGCCAUGUGCCUCAGUGACCUGGGGACAGCUGUUCUGAUUGGUGGAGAAGGUGUCGAUCAGCAGUCCUGCAAGGAUGUGCUCUGGAAGCUGGAAAUUGACAGUGAUUUGUGGCUUCCAGUGGGUUUCCAGCAACAAAACACCAUGCCAUCAUGCUUGCAUGGUCACACAGCUACCUAUGACCCUGACACCAAGCGUAUCUACAUCUUUGGGGGCAUAAGGGAGGACAAAGACCACAGCAGCAUUUACAUUCUGGACACGGUCACCUGGAAAUGGCUCCUCGUGGCUGCUAAAGGGAGGACACCAAUGCUCACCUACCACAGUGCAACUAUCUACCAAAAGGAACUCUUUGUUUUUGGAGGAACUUUCCCCAAAAAGGCAUCACUGGCAGUUGGACCCUGCAGCAAUGUGCUCUAUAUCUUCAAUCCAGAGCAUGAAAUUUGGUAUCAGCCCAUCUCAGAAGGGGAGAAGCCUCUGCCUAGGUUUGGGCAUUCAGCUACUCUACUGAAAAACAAGCUGCUGAUUUUUGGGGGUCGGAGGACUUCUCUUUACCUCAGUGACAUGCACAUUCUGGAUCUGGGUUUCAUGGAGUACACACCAGUCCCCCUACUCGCAGGACAGCCUUCUGCACGUUGUUUCCAUGCAGCUCUGGCUGUUUCAGACCAGAAGGUUCUGAUCAGUGGAGGCUGCAAUGCCAUGGGAGCCCUGCAUGAUGCCUUUGUCUUCCACUUAGAUACUCUUUCAUGGAGCACAGUGAUCCACCAUGACCUCUGCUCUGUGCCUCGAGCUGGCCACACAUUGCUUGACCUGACUCCCACCCACCUGAUAGAUGUGGACAAGGAGAAGAAAGAGGAGCACAGCCUGCACACUGUGUUGGUCUUUGGGGGCUCCAACUGUGCAGGAACCUUUUACAACAGCACAGUCAAGAUCAAGCUGGACCUAGGAUAAUGCAGAAUACUCAUAAUGAGCCUGAACAGCAAGGGCUCUUCACCAGCCUAAAUGCAGACAUGGAUGGCAAUAAAUGAGCCCAAGCAAUGUUGUGGUCCAAGUAUCUGUAUGUAGGUGAAUGCCACCUUGGCACAAGAGACUGGAGGUUUGUAACAUCUUUCUGAAGGCUGUGGGUAUUGUUCUCUUAGGGUAGCUGAUAUACAGUAUCAGACUGGCAGAAAUUCCAUCCCCUAUGGAUGUCUUGGUACUUGGGCUCGGGUGCCAAAACAUUCAGUGAGAUCUGAUCUAAGCCUCCACAGGAACACAGACACAAAGAUCUGGUUUUCCCUUCUUGCCCUACAGGUUUUUGGGCUGGAGUUCCUGGAGUGCUUUCAACUGUGAAGGUGACUCAGGUGUUUCAUUUCAUUUGGGAUGAGUGGAAUGGGAUUUACUCCUGCCACUUGGAAAGUCUUCAUAGUGAAAGUAUGAUUCUGGUUUUAAGGGAACCUGAGUGGGAUUCCCUUAGGCAAUAGUCUGCAGCUGAAAACUAGGAAAACACCUGGAACAGUGUUUGAGGGAAAAGGAAUGUAAUUUUCAGUGUAUGGGAGAAAGCUGUUUGUGCCUUGCUGACUAUGGCACAAUCAUUUAGUGUUGCUCUAGACAGACCUUUAUGAUAAAUUCUGUGCGACUGCUGCUACAUAAGGAAUAGGUACAAGUCCUCUGUCCCAGGUAGUAAUUCUCUUAUGUGCAAGGGGUGGCAGAGUUGCUGACUUAGCUCUUUCAAGAUCCAUGAGACCCAACAAAGGUUAGGAUUAAGCUGUCUUCCAUCAGAGACUAACUCUUACUGUUUAUAUCCAUGGCACUGAUGACUAUGCCAUAGCUCUGAGGCAGCUCCAAGGACAAGCACAGUGUAUACACUGAUUCCUUGAUGCUCUUUCUGUAGAUGGUAGAAAGAAGCUGCACCUAUGGGGAGUCCAGAAUUGGCUCAAUGCCUCACAGUUGUUUGUGGCCACAUUCCCCAACCCAAAGCCAUACAAAGGGAAUUUAUGAUAGUUAUGGAUGCUUCUGCUUUAAUCUGCUUCAUGGAGAUAGAUUAGAUAGAAAAAACUAGUAGCUGUAAGCAUUCCAGCACAGGCAUACUCCUCUUAGUUAUCCAGGCUCCUUGGAGGUCCUCUGUCCUUCUUCCCACCCAGAUGAAUGGGAGACAAUAGUACUAGGGCUUCCCGCUGGCACUGAAGUCCUACUCAGACUGUAGGUGCUGUCUUCUUUGUCGCUCCAGCUGACUAGAUUUAAUGAGUAGAAGGGCUUCAAGCUCGCAGCUCUGCAGGGGUAUCUGGCUGCCGGCAUGGAUGGCUUACUUUGAAGGCCUCUAACUCCAAGAGUGCUUUAUUUAUUCUGGUUAUUGUGGGAUAUGGACCCAUGUCCACUUCGAAUCUGCAAAAGGAAAAGAAUUGAUGAAGUACUAAGAGUUGGACAGCCAGUACAGCAGUGAGCAGAAGGACAGAGCAGUAUGCUAUGCCUGCCCAGUAUGGGAGAAUCUCACAGUCAUUUACAAUAACAAUAAAGAUUUGUCCUCGUAGGUUUAAAAUGCUAGAAAGGUUAAUUAGUUCCUGGAGAGGCUGUGAAGUCUCCUUCUCUAGAGAUACUCAAAACCUACCUGGAUGCAAUCCUGUGCCACUUACUCUAGGUGAACUUGCUUUAGCAGGCAAGUUGUUGGACUAGAUGACCUCCAGAAUUCCCUUCCAACCCCAACGAUUCUGUGAUUCUGUGAUCUUUACCAGGCUUUUAUAUAAUGUGCAGCACAGGUAAGGGGGCACUCUGCUUUUCCUGGGAAUCAUGCAGCCAUUACUUGUAUGUGUUUAAUGCUUUAAAUAAAUAUAGAUGAAUCUUUUCCUCCUGUGUGCUGUCUAAAUAUAAGGCAAACAGGGAGAGAGAACGUGGAGUGUGGGCAACCUCAGCUUUUCUAAGGUCAUAGAUCAGGUUUCCCCCCAGGGCUCUCUGAGAAGAGAGCACUGCUCCCUCCUUAUUUCUAAGAGCUUCAAAAAGAGACAAUAUUUAUUACAUAGGAUAAUUCAUGGAGAGAAGAACCAAAACUGGAUAGGGCAGGCAGAAUGGAUACUUUUUAACAGACACAAGGAGCAGCAGAAGGCAAGGUCUGACAGCCCAACACAAAGAGUAGGUGCCCUUGAAGAACACCUCAAGUUUAUCCUUAAUUACCUUUCAGCAUUGGCAACUUGAGGCACCAAGCACAGAUCAGCCAUGGAAACCUACAAAUGUAGCAGAAAAAAGGGGUUAACAGUAAUUCAGAGCCUGUUCCAUCACACUUCAUAGCGGUGGCAGGCUUCAAGAGCAGGGUAGACAUUAUUUUAUCAGCCAGUACAGAGGAGUUGUCAUGGCAAUCUAAUUAUUUAAUCCAGCAUUAAAUAAUGCAACAACAGUACAAGGAAAAGAACUUCAUAGUAGUCACUAGUAGAAGACGCCAUCAGCCUUUAGGGUUUUUUGGUGGUUUUUGUUUGUUUGUUUGGGUUUUUUUGUUUUUGUUUUGUUUUGUUUUUUAAUUACCAGCAGAUCAUGCUAGCCUGAAGGAUACUGCUUCUAUGGCAACUGCCUCUGAGCAAACAGGUCUGCUGGCAAGCUGCAGAGGGACGUGAUGGAGGGAGAGUGGCGUUUGCAUGGCUGGGAAAAGAUAAGUAAAUAUUGCUUGUUUGCACUGCAGGAGUAUCAAGCAGCUCCUGCCAAUGUCAAGACUUGAUAUGUGAUAGGGCCUCUGCACGCAGGCUCAGAGACUUGCAACCUGAAAAGAAGACUCAAGGACAAGACUGCCAGCUGCCUACCUGCACAGAGGCAGCUGCCCCUACCCCAUUUCCCAGGUCACAAAGUCCUGGGUCCUUCUCAGAGAACACAUUAUUGUCCAAGAUUAGAUCUGCUAAGUAGCCUUUGCCCUCCAAGGGUUCCAUAAGGCUGCUACUAGACAAUUCUCUGCAUCACAGGAUAUUGCAGGAGCCUUCCUUUUUCCCUCAGCUUUUAUAAGAAAGAUCCAUUUGCCUGCCAAGCAGAACUACUAAAUGGAAGAAGCCUGAGCUGCCUCUAGUUUGGUAAGGGUCAGAACAGCUUGUAUGUGAGCUCUGUGAAAUCUGUCCAUGUUAAACCUGGAGAAUCAGAGCAGAAAAAUACAAGUUGGUUAAAGAUUUCACAGAACAGAGGUAAGAACUGAACCCAUGUUUCUUAAGCCAAGAUUUGCCCCUGUGACUACACUUUUAACUGCAGAUCUCUUAAAGAUGAAAUAUAUAUCAUCUGUUUCCACAUUGUCUAGUAACAGCCUGAUCCUAGAUACAGCUGUAGAAUCUGGCCAUCAGCAGGUUAUAGGCAGGGACAAGUAAAUAUCUCCAUAACUCUCUGUCACUCAGUAAUGGCCUAAGUAGGAUCCGUGCAGCUGUUUUUUCUUAUGGUGAAGGCACUGCAUGUAACUUCAGGCACAGGAUGGGGUUGUGCUCUGUCUCCUCAACUAAUUUUCUUUCCUAUUUUAGGGAAGAUACUGGCAUUUUUAGUUCUGUAAUGGUACACAACACUCUCUCAGAUACUUACUUCAUCCCCCACACAGUAGCGUCCAGCAGUGUGCUGUAGAAUCUGCUCCACUGCUGUCAAGAGA